GCUUUGAUUUUCAAAUUGAAUAGUUAUAGGCGAUCAAUACCGGAUGAGCCUGUCAGUAAUUUCACAGUCGAUCAAAGAGAUAAAUUGGCAAUCGUUUAAUAAAAACGUCCUUUGAGUGACGUACCGUGUGAACGUGAGGGUUUGACAAAGUGCUAUCCAAUAAGAUGCUCUCGCUCGACUCUGCUCAUUAUAUUUCAUUACGUCAGUUGAUCGAUACGAUUUAUCGCCUUGAAUUUUCUGUAACAAGUUAGAGACACCGCCGUUGCGCUGCGAGUCGAGAUUUCGCCACUGUCUGCGCGUAAAGUUGAUUGCGAUAUUUAACGGAAAUGGGAAACCCAGGUGAGGUCGAAAACGGAGAAGAGAAUGCAGGAUACGUCGCUACUGAAACCUUGGAAAACCCCCCGCCUUAUUCAUCAGUGGGAGUAUAUCCUGAUGGAAAUGAGACGACCGUAGGGCAGCAGACUGAAGUCAAGAAUCAAAAUCCCAACUUUCAGAAUGAGAAUGACGGAAUGACGCCGGUGAGAUCGAUGACACAAGCUGAAAUAAAACAAGAAAAGAUGAGAAUCUGGAAAAAUGUCGCCAUCAUCAGCCUUUCCUUCAUGUGUCUUUUUACGGCUUUUAAUUCUGUCGGCAACCUGCAGAGUUCUAUCAAUGCCGACGCCGGAUUGGGAACGACAGCCUCAGCUACCAUCUAUGUUGCUUUACUCGUCUCCUGCAUGUUUGUCCCAACUUGGCUCAUCAAGACAAUCAAGUGCAAGUGGACCAUGGUGUUCUGUCAACUCUGCUACUCAGUCUACAUCAUCGCUCAGUUCUGGCCGUCUUUUGCUACACUUAUUCCUGCAGCCAUCAUCCUCGGAAUUGGAGCGGCACCUAUGUGGUCGGCCAAAUGCACUUAUCUUACCCAAGUCGGAAACCGGUAUGCAGCUUUGAUCGGAGACAAUUCGGCUGAGCCGAGCAUUACGAGAUUUUUUGGUGUCUUCUUUAUGGUCUUCCAAACAUCACAAAUUUGGGGAAACCUUAUCAGUUCACUUGUGCUCUCAAUGGACAAAGCUAACGAAACGAACGUAGACGAUCAAGUUUUAGAAUUCUGUGGAGCUAAUUUCUGCAACAGUCGAAAUCUUACCAACAUAACGGGAGACGGCAGUGUUUCCUCACCUUUGCAGCGACCUGAUGAAGAUCAGAUUCAAAUGCUGACGGGAAUCCUUCUUGGUUUCGCUUUACUGGCAUCAGCCAUCAUGGCUCUUCUAGUUGAUCCUCUUUCAAGAUUUGGUGAAGCAGAACGUCAAGGUAGCAGUACAGGCAAAACCGGAGUCGCUUUGCUUCUCGCUACCUUCCAACAUAUGAGAAAUCCUUAUCAAUUACUGAUUAUUCCAUUGACCCUCUGGUCCGGUUUUGAACAAGCUUUUCUCACAGCCGAAUUCACUGCGGCCUACAUUUCGUGUGCCUGGGGAGUGCAACACGUCGGAUUCGUACUCAUCUGCUACGGCGCGGCUGACGCAAUCGGAUCUAUCACUUGCGGCUCGAUAGUCAAGAGAGUGGGACGAAUUCCCAUAUUUGUGUUUGGAGCUUUACUGAACGCGGCAUUAAUUAUAGCACUCUUCUUGUGGAAGCCAGAUCCUGAUAAUGCUGUAAUCUUUUUCGUCAUUGCUGGCUUCUGGGGACUUGCAGAUUCAAUUUGGCAGACACAAAUCAACUCUUUCUAUGGCGUCAUCUUUUCUGGUUCCGAAGAGGCUGCCUUCAGCAACUAUCGACUGUGGGAGAGUUUGGGCUUCGCAAUUGCGUUCGCUUACAGCUACGCAUUGUGCGCAAAUGCGAAACUUUGGGUUCUUGUUGGGGUGCUCGCAGCCGGAAUGAUUGGUUAUUUGACGAUUGAAACGAUGGAGAACAAAAAACCAAAGAAGAAUGAAAAAGAAUAAGUCUGGCUCUUUGGUGCUGGUGCAGAAUAAAGUCUUGAUGAUUAAUUUCACCUAAGGAAGAUAAUGCCCAAUUAAUUGGGGCUUGUUUCUU